CAUCUGCUGGGGCCACGAUGAGAGACGGGAAGCUGGACUAGAGGGGCCCUUGGCCUGAUCCAUCAGGGCUCCUCUUCUUAGGUUCUUAGGCUUUAUUUGGUUCUUGGCGAAAGGCUGUCACAACAGGUCUUGGUUUCUCCCAGGAUGUGGUCCGGGCACCUGGUCCUCCUUCUCCUCCUCCUCACAUUUGCAACUGGCAGAGGUGUAACAACCUGUAAUGGCACAAGGGAGCACCAGUGCCCGAAGGCCCACCAGGAUGUCUACACGAAAACCAGGGAUGUCCAAGAGGUCCCAAAAUCAGCAGGUCCCCAAAUCACCGAGAUGUUCUUUGUGGAAACCAGCCUUGUUGAAAUCAAAGAGGGGGCCUUCCGGAACAUGCCGAACCUGGUGAAACUUGAGUUCAUCAACAGCAAGAUUAAAAAGGUGGAAGUGGGUGCCUUUGAUAACUUAGAGAAACUGGAGGAGCUGGAACUGUCCGGAGCAGAGCUGGGCAGACUGGCGGUCGGAACCUUCCGGGCCCUGCCUCGUCUACGGAAAAUGAACCUGCGGAACUCUCAGCUCACUGCCCUUGAAAAGGGACUUUUUGAUGACCUUGGGAGCCUGGAGGAGGUCUACCUGCAUCUCAACAGGAUCCCGUCUCUUCCGGAAGGUGUCUUUGAUGGACUCCCCAAACUACGCCUCCUACACUUGGCCGGGAACAAGAUUUCAAGCCUCCCGAAGGACGUCUUCCGGCCGCUCACUCAGCUGCAGACCCUUCGGGUGUACGAGAACGAGAUCACUAGCCUCCCCGAGGGGAGCUUGGAUAGCCUGCAAAGCCUGACGGAGCUCAACCUUGCGAAGAACAGGAUCCGGACGCUUCCACCCGGCUUGCUGAGGAAUCUGACCAACCUGGAGAAACUUAUCCUGGAGAGCAACCAGGUCGACGUUCUCCCAGAAGGGUCCUUCGUUGGGCUGAGAAAACUGAAGGAGCUGAAACUGGCUUCCAACCAGCUGGUGGGGCUCCCUGGUCCGCUCUUGGGUGAGCUGCCCCUUCUCGCCCUUCUGGACCUGAGCAGGAACAGGCUCUCCUCCCUGGAGGCCUUGGGGUCUUCCUCCCUCCCACAGCUCCGGACCCUGAAGCUCAACAGGAACCAGUUAGAGAGCCUUCCCGCGGGUCUCUUGGACCGCUUCGCGACCCUCCGCGCCGUGUAUCUUGGUGAGAAUCCAUGGAGGUGCGACUGCCAUCUUCUCUCGCUCCACCAGUGGAUGAGAAGGAGCUCCAAAGCAGUGAAAGAUGCCGCCAAAGUAACGUGUGGAAGCCCCGACCCUCUCUCUGGGAAGGCGGUGGGAUCCCUGGCGGAAGCCCAGCUCAUCUGCCUCACUACCCCACCCAUUCCGACCACAGUCACCCCGUCACCUCCUGUUGCUGCACGGAAAGACACCACGCUUUCCCCAGCCACUCGGAGGUCCACCACGACCGAUAUUCUCCCAGUCACCACCCGUGAGCCAACCACUACGAAGACUCCAGACACAAUCUUCAACAUCGCCGCCGCCACCGCCACCACCACCAUCAGAGCAGAGGCUGCCACUCCAUCCACGGCCCCCGGCCUCACAACUGCUCCACCAAUUCAAUCCACGGCGCCUGAAUCUACCCGUCCUGGGAUCCCCACUGUCACGCUAGAGCUUACCACGGAGAUGUCUCUUGCUGCUACGGCCAGUGCCAGCCACACCACAGCCCUCCCAGUCUUCACCACUACCCAGGCGCCCGCAGCAGCUCCCGGUGCAGCCACCACCUGUGGCCCUGAAGCAUCUGCCUCGCCUCACACAACCGCCAAACUCACCACCACCCCCGAGAGUCCCACCAAAACUUUAGAGAUCAUGACGACCACGAGAGAGAGGUCCCCAGAUCCGGCCACAAGCAUGGAGACACCAAACACAACACCUCAGAUCAGGACCGCUCAGGAUCCUACUCCAACCCCAACAAACCCUGAAACCACGACUGAGACGUCAAGCACAACCUCUGCGUCUGGUGCCACCGCCGCCACAACCCCCAAAGCUGUGUGGACUGCUCCUACCGCUCCAUCCACGGCCCCCGGCCUCACAACUGCUCCACCAUUUCAAUCCAUGGCCCCUGAACCUACCCGUCCUGGGAUCCCCCCUGUCGCGCCAGAGCUUGCCACGGAGAUGUCUCUUGCUGCUAUGGCCGUUGCCAGCAUCACCACAGCCCUCCCAGUCUUCACCACUACCCAGGCGCCCGCAGCAGCUCCCGGUGCAGCCACCACCUGUGGCCCUGAAGCAUCUGCCUUCCCUCACGCAACCGCCACGGUGACUCGUGGGGCGCCCCCAAGAGCCGCCUCGGCUGAGGCAACCGUGGGCACCAUGAUGCGCUCCCACAAUGCCAGUUCUCCCAGCAGGUGCCCCACGGGGCCCUUCCCGGCAGAGGCAACCCCCAGCCAAGGGGCUCCCCCACCCUCCAGGACUCUUUCCGCCACCCCCCCAGGUGGACAAGUAUCUGGGAACAGCCCAUCUCCUGAAGCCCCCGAGGAGGAGGGCGGCAGAUGA